AAACAAGCAAAUUCCCACAAUUUCACCUAGUUCCCAUCAACAUGGCGUCCAAGAAUCAAUCGUUAUUUCAAGCUGCAGUCCUACUUCUAUCACUGAUUUGUGUUGGAACUUUUCCAUUUUGUCAAGCUAUCAAUGGACAAAUGCGAAUUGUUGGAGGUGAUGAGGUCAAGUCAAAUGAAAUCAAUUAUCAAGCAUCAAUAAGGGUCUAUGACCAACACAUUUGUGGGGGAACGAUAAUUGGACCAAAUUACAUUCUUACCGCUGCUCAUUGUUUUUACGGUCUUGGGCUUGAAGAAACCCUUGAUGAUAUUUUGGUUGUAACAGGUGGCAUUAAACUUCAAGAUACUCGCAAUACUCAUGCAGUUGCCAAAAUAACACUUCAUAAGGACUUUACAAAUGAUAAGGAAACUUCAUAUUUGAAUGAUAUCGCUAUUUUAACGCUCGAAGACCAAAUCAAUUUCGAUCACACUCAAGCCCCUGCACGUUUACCUGUUGCACCAGUUUCGAAGGGUUUGACUGGUACCGUUAUUGGAUGGGGUCGACAAGAUUUUGGCAGUCCUUAUCUUGCUAAAAUUCUGAGGAAAGCUACAUUAAAAGUACUGACUUGGGAAGAAUGUCAGCCCAAAAUGAAGUUUAAUGUUUAUAAUAGUCAAAUUUGUGGAUUUGCUGCAAAGAACACGGGGAUUUGCAAGGGGGAUAGUGGUGGUCCUUUAAUGGUGGAUGGAACUGUUAUUGGAAUUUCUUCAUGGAAUAUUCCUUGCGCUACUGGAGUACCAGAUGUUUUUACAAAUGUCUUCUAUCAUCUUGAUUUUAUUAUUGAUGUUAUGGGCAGUGGCGAAAAAUAGGAAACACAAUAAAUUAUUGAUGUGAUAUGUUAUGCUUUUGAUAAAUCAAUAAAUAAAACUUUUGUACUGAAAACUGAAAA